GUGCCCACUAAGUGUUGAAGAUGAUGUCUGAUGCCAGUGACAUGUUGGCAGCAGCCUUGGAGCAGAUGGAUGGGAUAAUAGCAGAGUCUGAUCCCAUCAACAUCAGCAGCGGCAUCAACUUAAAGCUCAGCACCAGUAACUAGUACUAAUCCUGCUGCUGCUGAUGACGAUGACCUUGACACCAGCUUUAGUAGUACAGAGCCUGGAGACCAGGGGUCUCCAACACGUAGCCCACAUAUGAGUAGCUCGCCAAUCAAUUCUGAAUUCUGUGUUCCAUCGCAAACUGUCAUAAACAUCAGUGUCAUAAACAUCAAACUGUCAUAAACAUCAGUGUUCGAGUCCAUAACCCACCACUUCAGGGAGAAGCUUAUCCAACUGGCUCUGGAGUGCAGAAAGGACCAGACGGUUGUCUACAAGGAGCCAGAGUCACAGCUCCCCAAACCCAACAUCCCUGACAACAUCGCCAAAGCCUGCUAAACCAGCUGCCGUUACCCAACACAAGAUGAGGCUAACCAGCUGAAGAACAUUCUGGAACUUGCCUGUGACAUUCAAUCAACACAACAUCCGUAUAGAAUGCCUAGCUCCAAGUCCAUGGACUACUCCAACGGCCUGUUUGACUGCCAGUCACCCACCUCUCCCUUCAUGGGCAGCUUGCGGGCGCUGCAUCUGCUGGAGGACCUCCGGGGCGUGCUGGAGCUGAUGGACACCGAGGAGAGGGAGGGCCUGCGCUGCCAGAUCCCCGAUGCCACCGCAGACAGCCUGGUGGACUGGCUGCAGCAAGGACACCUGGUGUCCAAUGGCCACCACAUCUCCAUGGGUGGUGACCUCUACCAGGAGAGACUGUCUCGACUGGAGGGUGACAAGGAAUCCCUGGUGCUUCAGGUGAGUGUGUUGACAGACCAGGUGGAGGCGCAGGGGGAGAAGAUAAGGGACUUGGACAUGUGUCUGGAUGAACACCAGGAGAAACUGAACGCCACUGAGGAGAUGCUACAACAGGAGCUCCUGUGCAGAACGUCUCUAGAGACUCAGAAACUGGACCUAAUGGCUGAGGUGUCCAACUUGAAACUGAAGCUGAACUCAUUUGAGAAGGACAGACUACACUUUGACCUCAGGGACAGUGAGGACAUGGGUCUGGAGAUUAAUGAGCUGAGGUACAGAGUGACCGAGAUGGAGAGUGAAAGACUUCAGUAUGAGAAGAAACUGAAAUCCACUAAGUCGUUAAUGGCUAAGCUUUCUAGCCUGAAAAUCAAAGUGGGCCAGAUGCAGUAUGAAAAACAGAGGAAGGAGCACAAACUACAGGCACUGAAGGAGGAGCUGGCGACGCUGAGGAGGCAGUUGGAGGGAAGGGACGGAGAGCUGAGGAGGUUACACGGUGAGACUGGGUUCAGAGCCAUCACGCCGGGUGGCAUGGACAGUGGAGACAGAGUCUCUCACCCAGAUGAAACUCUUAAAAAGAGGCUGAAAGAGAAACAUGUGGAAGUGCAGAGAAUGAAAAAAGCGGUGGAGUCACUGAUGGCAGCCAAUGAGGAGAAGGAUCGUAAGAUUGAGGAGCUGAGGCAGUCGCUGCUGCACUACAAGAAGGUCCAGGACAUGGUGAUGUCAGUGCAAGAGAAGAAAGACAAAACCAAAGAUGGUGAGAGUGACGAGAGUAACAGCGACAACUCCCUCUCCAUGAUGUCAACGACGACCACCCCGGUUGCCCUGGAGUCGGAGAGGCACGCGCUAGCCGGAGUCGAGGAAGUAGCAGGGAAGAGCCCAGACGAGCUGGAGACGCACUAUGGAGCUACUGAAGUGUCUUCACCCACACCCAGCCCUACAGUCCUGUCAGCCUGCGAUCUACAGAGGGGGCCAGAGCUUGACCAAGCUGAACCUGAGAGGACCCUGGAUAUCCCAAAGUCAGGGAGUCAGGAUAACUUGUAUGUCAGCAACAGCGAAAAGAUUACAUUGGUGAUUAAAGAAAAGCCAACAGAGAAGGCUGACAAUCUAUUCCUCCUUCUGAAGAAUAAGGCUGUGGAGGAGAUCAGUAAGAUCAGCGAGCGCCCGCCAAAGUCUCCCUCUUCAUCUCGCCCGGAGGACGACAGCUUUGGUACCAAGAAGGCUCGCUCCUCCUUCGGCCGAGGCUUCUUCAAGAUCAAGGGGGGCAAGAGGACAGCCAGCGCCCCUAACCUGGCUGAGACCGAGCGAGAGGGGGAUACUGACCAUCUGGACCUGGCCGGGCUACCCCAGAGGUCAGCCAUCAGCGACAGCACCAACACACUGACCAGUGUGACCUCCAAUACCUCUCCCGAGGGCAAGAAGAAGUCCAGGGGAAUCAAGGCGCUCUUUGGAAAGCUGAGGAGAAGUCAGUCCACAACGUUCAACCUGGAUGACAACCUAUCAGAGCCGGUUGAGUUCAAGAGAGGCGGAGUCCGAGCCACAGCUGGUCCCAGACUGGGCUGGUCCCGUGACCUACAGCAAUCACCCAACAAUGACCUGGACACCCCGUUUGCCCGCUGGUCCAAGGAGCAGGUGUGUGACUGGCUGCAGGAGCAGGGACUGGGGCUCUAUCUGAAUAUGGCCCACAUGUGGAUCUCUUCUGGACAGACUCUGCUGCAGGCCUCACAGCAGGACCUAGAAAGGGAGCUGGGCAUCAAACACCUGCUGCACAGGAAGAAGCUCCAACUGGCCCUGCAGGCUCUGGGAUCUGAGGAGGACGACAACAAGGGCAAACUGGACUACAACUGGGUGACCAGGUGGCUGGAUGACAUUGGCCUGCCUCAGUAUAAGACCCAGUUUGAUGAGGGGAGGGUGGACGGCCGCAUGCUGCACUACAUGACAGUAGAUGACCUACUGUCUCUGAAGGUGGGCAGUGUGCUCCACCACCUCAGCAUCAAGAGAGCCAUUCAGGUGCUGCGCCUCAACAACUACGAGCCCAACUGCCUGCGCCGACGGCCCUCCGAUGAGAACAACAUCACACCAGCAGAGAUCUCCCAGUGGACCAAUCACAGAGUAAUGGAGUGGCUGAGAUCAGUAGACCUGGCGGAGUACGCCCCCAACCUGAGGGGCAGCGGCGUCCACGGGGGACUCAUGGUGCUGGAGCCUCGGUUCAACGUGGAGACCAUGGCCCUGCUGCUGAACAUUCCCCCCAACAAGACACUGCUGCGGAGGCACCUGGCCACCCACUUCAACCUGCUGGUGGGCUCUGAGGCCCAGGGGCUCAAACAGGAGUGUCUGGAGAACCCUGACUACACCCUGCUCACCGCCACCGCCAAGGUCAAGCCGAGGAAGAUGUCGUUUGGGAGCUUCGGCAGCCUGAGAAAGAAAAGGCAGGAUGACAGUGAGGAGUAUGUCUGCCCCAUGGACGUGGAGAUGCCAAAGGGACGUAGCUUCCAGAAAGGCUAUGAACUCCAGCUCUACGAGGACGACCUGGACCGGCUAGAGCAGAUGGAGGACUCAGAGGGAACUGUGAGGCAGAUCGGAGCCUUCUCUGAGGGCAUCCAAAACUUGACGAGCAUGCUGAAAGAUGAUGAAUUCUUCAAAGAGAUCUCUAACUCUCCCAACCCCAGCGUAACAGAUGACGAUUCCAACGUGUGAGGCCAGCGCCAUGGGACUAGCAGACCGGGAUUAAAAUACUAUUUGAAACAAUUAAAAAUACUUUAGCUGUGCUUGAUUGAGCUUGCCUGUUGGAAUGCAAUGGGAAUAGAAAAGUCCCAAAAGUGGCACUCCACUCAAAGUAUUUGAAAGAGUUCAAGUAUUUGAACCCAGGUCUGCCACUAGCACACACUCAGACUCCAACGUACCCCCCAACAAGCACCAGAUCUCCUUUUAGUAUUUUAGAUUAGGCAUAAUAUUUCUUAAUUUUUUAAGGAAUUAAAAAGUCCAUGUGAACUGA